AUUACUCAGUCAGGAUACGUAGCUCUCAGAUUAAAUGCAAACCUCUGCGACAGGACAUCAUACACUAUUCAAAGAAGUCAUCCUGAGAGUUUGGGACAAGCGGCAGCAAUGAAGACAACACUGGCAACUCUAACCCUCUGCCUGGUGGUGCUCAUGGCCAUAGCUUUCCCUUUGGAGAAGAAAGGGGGCUCAUCUUCCAGCAGUGGUGCCAAGGAGAAGCGUGUACCGUACGCGGCUUGGGAUGACGUGAACGUCAUCGCCCACGGCCUCCUGCAGCUGGGCCAGGGGCUGAAGGAGCAUGUGGACAAAACCAAGGUCCAGAUGAGGGACAUUGCCACCAAGCUGAAGGUCUUCAACCGCACGGUGACCGACCUGGGGAAGGAGAGCCAGAAGCUGCGGGGGGAGGGGGAGGCCCUGAAGGCUCGAGCCCACGGGCUGGAGGACAGAGAGGGACACCUGCUCAAUGUCACGGCCGAGCUGAGGGAGAAGGCAGAGGAGAUGCAGCAUGAGAGGAGGACGAUGAGCGAGAGGAUGAGCCGGCUGGAGGAGAGGGUGGACAUCAUGCUCCAGGGAGACUCCGCGGUGCCUGACACAAACCCCGGUGCCAAGAACAACAGUGAUGCUCACAAUAUACAGCCGAUGCUGGAGGCUCAGAACAAACGCAUUGACGACCUGAUGGAGCGGAUCAGACUACAGCAGGAGAAGCUUGACAAGCAGAAUGUGCGCAUCAGGACUCUGCACAGCCAGGUUCAACAGUCACGACAGAGAGCGUCCUCGCGCAGCAGCAACAGUGACGCGCAAAGUGGCGUCGCCGAACAACGCGACUCACCAGCCGAGAUGGCAUCAGAUUGUCAUGAGCUGUUCCUGAGAGGAGAGAGCACAAGUGGGGUUUACACCAUCCAGCCAAUAAAUGCUGAGGCCUUUAAAGUGUUCUGUGAGAUGACAGCUGAUGGUGGAUGGACGGUGAUCCAAAAUCGUCAAGAUGGCUCAGUGGACUUUGACCAGCUAUGGACGGCCUACAAAACCGGCUUUGGCAGCUUGAAUGGAGAGUUCUGGCUGGGGUUAGAAAAGAUCCACUCUAUCGCCAAAGACGGCGGCCACAUCCUCGACAUUGUGCUCGCCGACUGGAGUGGAGACAUGGCAUCUGUCCGCCUCCCCUUUCACCUGGGCGGAGAGGAAACCAAGUACUCGCUAAAGAUUCAGAAGGCAGACGCUUUCAGCCCCUUGGAGAGCUCGCUGGCAAGUGACGCCACCGCCGGCUUGACCUUUUCCACCCGGGACCAAGACAACGACCAGAAGAACGACACCAACUGCGCCAAGCACCUCUCUGGUGGCUGGUGGUUCAGUAACUGCGGUCGCUCCAACCUGAACGGCAGAUACUUCCAGAGCCCUCCUCCAAAGCAGCGGGACCAGAGGAAGCAGAGCAUCUUCUGGAAGACCUGGAGGGGCCGCUACUAUCCCCUGAAGUCCAGCAGGAUGAUGAUCGCCCCCGCUGUGGUCGAAAACAAGUCAUAAAGAAUAGACGGAGACAGAAAUAAAGUAGUCAAGGCGAGGAUGAGUUGGAGAAAGACGUAUAUUUUGGACUAUUCUUUCUUUUAUUUGUGCUUGGUUGAUGAGUUGGUUUCCAUUUGCCUGGUUAUCUCCCUGUGAGGUAGAGCUCCCACUCAAUAUAGAAGAAAAAAAAGACCUCGCAUUUAAUGAGCACGAGCAGAUUCCUCCCCCGCAUCUGGAGCCACAGAUUGAGAAGGAAAAAAAAGGACAAAUAAAGACUCGUGGUGGAAAGUUUUUUCGUCUGACGAUCAUCUGUUGGCACCAAGCGGGGGCCCCUUGUCAGGAGGGAAUCGCAGGGCGAGUCGCAGCCCAUCCGCUGUGCCCGGAGCCACAAGCCACAAAAGAUUUCCAACAAGUAACGACGCAUCACCAGACACGCGGCGUCCACCGUGUCUGUGGGCUGCGGUUCAGCUUGAAUGUGGUUUUGUAGCCAAUAAAAGUCUGGAGACAGAUUGAGAAUUGAUGGUUAAAGGGUGCAUGUCGGAGUGAAAUGCAGUCCAAGCGGUGCAGACCGAGUACUGAUUUUAAUCUGAGUCGUUUCCCACAUAGAUGGACGAGAUUUAUGUUUGAAAGCAUUAUAUAAAGUAAUAAAUCACUGUAAACUAGGAUUGCAAUGCUGAGAACUAUAAAAAAAAACGUUCCAGCCUUUUGUAUAAUAUAUUUUAUGUCUGCAAUUUUGAAUCAAAUGAUGCGUAUUCUCUGACUUAAAUCUCUUUAAGAGAGAUUUUGCUGAUGUUAAGUCAUAUUGACUUUUUUAUUAUUAUCUGUUGUCUGUGUAACUUGAAGGUUUGUUUUUGUAGAUGUUCCCUUUAUUUAAGUGUUAAAGAAUCAAUAUAUAUAUUUCUGGUGGUACAUGUUUGUAAUUUAUAAUGUAUUUGUUGUGUUUGCCUGAUGUGAAAUGUUUUUUUAAGAGAGUUUAAUCAUUGUUGGUGCCAUAGAGAGCCAAUAAAACUGACUUAAACUAGUA